AUGUCCAACCACAGAACGGAGGUCGACUGGAUGUAUUUGUGGAAUCUUGCACUAAGGAAAGGGUGCUUGGGAUACAUAAAGUAUGUUCUCAAGAGUAGUUUGAUGAAACUUCCGAUUUUCGGGUGGGGAUUUCACAUCUUGGAGUUUGUUCCCGUGGAGAGGAAGUGGGAAGUUGAUGAGCCAAUUAUGCGCCAAAUGCUUGAUAGCUUUGCUGAUCGUCGGGACCCAUUGUGGCUUGCUGUUUUUCCAGAAGGAACCGAUUAUACUGAACAAAAGUCCAAAAAAAGCCAGAAGUUUGCGAUUGAAAAUGGAUUACCCAUAUUGAAAAACGUGUUGAUUCCAAAAACCAGAGGCUUCUUCGCUUGUUUGGAGAUCCUAAGAGGCUCCUUGGAUGCAGUUUAUGAUGUGACCAUAGCAUACAAGAACCAGUGCCCUUCUUUCCUGGACAAUGUCUUUGGCGUGGACCCAUCUGAAGUACACAUUAAUAUCAAGCGCAUUCCUCUCGACAAAAUCCCAUCAUCCGAAGACGAGGCUGCCACCUGGCUAAUGGAAGCAUUUGUUCUAAAAGAUCAGCUGCUUACUGAUUUCAUCGUAAACGGUCAAUUCCCCAAUCAAGGAACUGAAAAUCAGCUCUCGACCGUGAAAUGUGCUGCCAAAUGCGCGGUCGUAAUAGGUUUUACAGGUGUCUUCAUUUUUCUAACGUUUUAUUCGUCUGUUUGGUUUAGGUUAUAUGUAGGUUUAGCUUGUGUGUACCUGGCUUGCGUUGCUUAUUUCAAUAUCAGACCUGGUCCUGUUGUUGGUACCCGAGAUACAGUAAGCGAGGAGAAAAUGUUUUAA